AUGGCUUCCCCAAUGCUCUUGCCAGCGAGUACACCUCCCCCUGGGUUUGAUCAACCGCUACGAAGUCCGCACUUCAUCACACGGACAGAAGCACUGCGAGGGGCGGCGAACCGGGUUCUGUUCUCCCAGUUCUACAUCGGCCUGUACCUCCUCAUGGCACUGCUAUCCCUCACGACGGUCGUCCUCUCUGCAACUUCCGACUGCCCGACACUCGCCUUCUACAUCCUCGAGAUCAUCGUCAACACGAGCAUGAUUGCUGAAGUCGUCGUCCGGCUGAUCGCCUUCGGGAAGCAAUUCUGGCAAUCGUAUUGGAACGCCCUCGACCUCGUGAUCACCUGCUUCUGCGCCAUCACCCUCGUCGUCAUCUUCUUCAGCGGAUGUUCGGCCAAGGGCGAGGAGGUCUUCGACACCUUCCUCCUCGUCGUGCGCAACCUGUUCCAGUUCGGCCGGCUGGCGCUCGUCCUGCGGAGAUCGGGCAAAUCGGUGUUUGCGCGACCAGCACCGAUCGACCUCUCCGCCGCGCGAGCAUAUUCCUUGGAUCUGGACCUGGACGACGAGGAGGCGCUUUCGACGGAGCGAAGAGCGAUGGGCGGGGACGUCGAGGCUCAGCGGAAGCAGGCGCGACGGAUAGGAGACGAUCAGCGCCCGUUCUUGCUGGACACGGACGAAGAGGACUGA